AUGCUCUCAUCGGCUCUUGUGGUUGCUGCCUCCCUCCUCACUGCAGCCGUUUCCGCGCAGCAGUCCUAUACUCCUCCUCCAGGCUUUGAUCCUUCUCUGGUCAAUCCGAGUGAAAAAUCCGCUUGGUGCCAGGGCCAAUUGGAUACCUGCCCCAAGAUCUGCGAGAGUUUUGCGAAAACAAACAGAUGCGACGCAUCUAGACUGACUUUCGAAUGCGUCUGCGGUAACGGAACUGCUCCCGACGUCGAAAGUUACAAGAACACUCUUCCAUACUUUAUUUGCCAGGCCAACUUUGGGCAAUGCAUCAACCGUCACCCCAACGAUCUUGACGGACAAAGAGAAUGCAAGGAGGCCCAAAAGUCCUGUGGCACGCUCGAUGCCGGCGGUUCCAGCUCAACCACUAGUACGACUCGCUCUAGCAUAACUUCUGCGCCAACUAGAACUAGAGUCGUCAGCUCCUCGGCCUCGAGUGCUGCUGCAACCACUACCAGCGCCGCUGCAGCUGUUCAUAUGGCACAGGACUAUUCGCUUAGGAUCCUUGCUGCCCUUUUCGCUGGAGCCUUUGGUUUCCUUGCUUAA